AACUGAUCUCUCUCUCUCUCUCUCUCUCUCUCACUCUCUCUCAGUGUGUGAGUUCAGGAAAAUGGCUGAAGCGAGUAUUUCUGUAGAUUACAGCCAGUUCAACUGUCCAGUGUGUCUGGAUCUCCUGAAGGAUCCGGUGACUAUCCCCUGUGGUCACAGUUUCUGUAAGGUGUGUAUUAAUGGCUGCUGGGAUCAGGAGGAUCAUAUUAGUGCUUCCAGAUGUCCUCAGUGCAGAGACAUUUUCACUCCAAGGCCUGUUCUACGCAGAAACAACAUGCUGGCUGAAGUGGUGGAGAAACUGAAGGAGAAGACUGAAGUCCAAGCUGCUUCUCCUGCUCACUGUUACGCUGGACCUGGAGAUGUGGAGUGUGAUUUCUGUGUAGGAAGAAAACGUAAAGCCCCCAAGUCCUGUCUGACGUGUCUGGCUUCUCUUUGUGAAACUCAUCUGAAACCUCAUCUAGAAGUUCCUGCUUUAAAAAAACACAGAUUAGUUGAAGCCUCAGAAAAACUCGAAGAGGAGAUCUGCUCUGAACAUCACAACCCGAUUGAGAUCUACUGCCGUACUGAUCAAAGUGGGAUUUGCUCAUUGUGCCUGUUGGAAAAACAUAAAGGCCAUGACGCUGUUGUAGCGAAAAGAGCUAAGAAGCAGCUGAGUGCACAGACAGCAGUGGCGAGUCGAGCUGGACGACUCGUGGAGGAACUGGAGGAUGAGCUCUUUAAUCUUCCGAAGGCUUUUGCUUCUGGACAACGUUCUUUCACAUCUGAAAGACCAGAUUCUCGUAUAUCCAGCAUCAGUGUCCAUCAAUAUCUCUCAUUUGAUGGAGUGAUGAAUUCGUUCUCAGAUUUGAAGAAGAGACUCGAGAAAUAUGUGGAGGACGCUCAGAGUUUACUCUCAGAGCCACAGAGCAGAGACGAGUUUCUAAAAUAUUUCUGUUCUCUGACUCUGGAUCCCAACACGGCACAUCGUGACCUCAUUCUGUCUGAGAACAACAGAGCGGUGAAAUACAGUGAGAGAGAGCAGCAGUACCCUGAUCAUCCAGAGAGAUUUGAUUACUGGCCUCAGGUGUUGAGUAAGGAGAGUGUGUGUGGACGCUGUUACUGGGAGGUGGAGUGGGAAAGUGACAUAGGUGUGGCCAUAGCAGUCGUAUAUAAGGGAAUCGGAAGACAAGGAGCGGGUGACGAGUGUAAGUUUGCAUGUACCAGUCAGUCCUGGAGUCUGGAGUGUUUCUCUACGUAUUCUGUCUCUUUCUAUCACAACUACAUUGGUACUAAUCUCGGAGUUCCAUCAUCCUCCAAAAUAGGAGUGUAUGUGGAUCACAGUGCAGGAACUCUGUCCUUCUACAGCGUCUCUGACACGAUGAAGCUCCUCCACAGAGUUCGCACCACAUUCACUCAGCCUCUGUAUGCUGCGUUUGGGUUCUACAGGGAUGGUGGGUCUGAGUCAGGGCGAAUUAUCAGGCUGUGUGAUCCAAAUUAAUGAAGAUGUGCUGUUUUAUAAUCUGAAGUAUACAGAUCAGUUAAAGCACAUUUUUUUAUUGAUCCCAACUGUGACAAAAAGUUAUCGAGUUUAGACAUAGGUUCGGCCGAUCAUUUACAUUGCGGUAUAAACAUAUUAAUUAAAUUUAUAAAAAAGAAAUCAAAUGAACAUCUUAGCAAGUUUACUCCAGGUGUGCCUUUAAUACGUGUUAUUGAAUUAUACAAUUUUUAUUGCAAUGAUAUCUUUAAAAUCUGUUUUAAUAAACUGACUGUAAUAUGGUUCUUUGUGGAAAUCAUACAUUAUUAAACCUUUAUGACUAAGAUUCAGUUAUUUGUCAAAUGUACCUUACAGCACAGUCAUAAUUCUUUGCAUAUUCCAGUUAGGAAACAUAUGUACUGUAUGUAUGUAUGUAUGAAGGAUGUCUUCUUAAGAAUAUGGAACUGUCUUCAUAUUCUAUCUUUUAUUUUCACAUAGAAAUUGAGUCAAAUCUAUAAAGAAUAUUAGAUUUCUAUUGAUCCUCACUCACAUGUACUGGUUCAGCAGAACGACCUGAGAGACAUAACAUAACCAUAUUUUGGGGGGGAUCAGUUCAUUCUUAUUAUAUUCAUAAUGUUUAAAUUGUAAUAUUUUUGAAAUUGUACAAUGUCUGUUCUCUGUGUACAAAACAUGAAAUUUCAAUUGAGCUAAUAUUUUUGACCAAAAUUAAACUCUGAGCCACAAAGUAAAAUCUGUGUAAAACUGGUAUUCAGGUUCUGGAGACAUGACCUGGGAUGAUCUUCAGACCUAAACCCAAUAGGAAACUAUUUAAAAGUGGUGAAGAAGACAGUAGCCAAAGAAAAAAUCGCCACCUGUACUUGAUUUCAGGAAGAAUUAAAGCAUUCAUGGAUAGAGGAAUUAUAAAAGCGAAGCACAUAGGGUAGUCCGGGGUCCAGCAGCAGGGCCAAGAGCCUCGCGGUGGAUUUAUUAAAGAGAGUGGCAUGCAAGUGGGGAGAUGUUACACACCCCAGAGACUUUAAACAGGAGACUAGAAUGCCGCCUUUUGAUCUCCACGAGAGGACAGCCGCCACCGACGGAUGUCCAGAAGAGACUCUCCCCUGUGGCCGCACUCAGAGAGAACUUAGGAGGGGUUAGUCUUUGCUCGUGUUCAGCAGGAGACGUUGAAAUAGAUAGGGAAAUCCAUUUACUUGAUAUAGCAUGCUACAUAAAAGUAAACUCAAUGUGCUGUA